CUCAAAACCCUCAGAUGCCUCAAAACCCUCAGAUGCCUCAAAACCCUCAGAUGCCUCAAAACCCUCAGAUGCCUCAAUACCCUCCGAUGCCUCAAUACCCUCCGAUGCCUCAAUACCCUCCGAUGCCUCAAUACCCUCCGAUGCCUCAAUACCCUCCGAUGCCUCAAUACCCUCCGAUGCCUCAAUACCAUGAGAUGCCUCAAUACCAUGAGAUGCCUCAAAACCCUGAGAUGCCUCAAAACCCUAAGAUGCCUGAGGCAACGACCACACGGCCUACAACUGCAAAGGCGACUCAAAUUCCUAAAAUUCCUGCACUGCCUCUGAUUCCUCAAUACACUCAGAUGCCUCAAUACGCUCUGAUGCCUCAAUACCAUCUGAUGCGUCAAUACCCUAAUAUGCCGGAGACAACAACAGCAACGACCACACGGACUACAACUGCAAAGGCGACUCAAAUUCCUAAAAUUCCUGCACUGCCUCAGAUGCCUCAAUACGCUCAUAUGCCUCAAUACCAUCUGAUGCGUCAAUACCCUAAGAUGCCGGAGACAACAACAGCAACGACCACACGGACUACAACUGCAAAGGCGACUCAAAUUCCUAAAAUUCCUGCACUGCCUCAGAUGCCUCAAUACGCUCAUAUGCCUCAAUACCAUCUGAUGCGUCAAUACCCUAAGAUGCCGGAGACAACAACAGCAAUGACCACACGGCCUACAACUGCAAAGGCGACUCAAAUUCCUAAAAUUCCUGCACUGCCUCUGAUUCCUCAAUACACUCAGAUGCCUCAAUACGCUCUGAUGCCUCAAUACCAUCUGAUGCGUCAAUACCCUAAGAUGCCGGAGACAACAACAGCAACGACCACACGGACUACAACUGCAAAGGCGACUCAAAUUCCUAAAAUUCCUGCACUGCCUCAGAUGCCUCAAUACGCUCAUAUGCCUCAAUACCAUCUGAUGCGUCAAUACCCUAAGAUGCCGGAGACAACAACAGCAACGACCACACGGACUACAACUGCAAAGGCGACUCAAAUUCCUAAAAUUCCUGCACUGCCUCAGAUGCCUCAAUACGCUCAUAUGCCUCAAUACCAUCUGAUGCGUCAAUACCCUAAGAUGCCGGAGACAACAACAGCAAUGACCACACGGCCUACAACUGCAAAGGCGACUCAAAUUCCUAAAAUUCCUGCACUGCCUCAGAUGCCUCAAUACGCUCAUAUGCCUCAAAACCCUCAGAUGCCUCAAUACGCUCAUAUGCCGUUUCCACAAUAUAUGCCGAUGUAUCCUCCCUUUAAUCCUCUUUAUCCUCCCAAAUAUCCAGCUACAAAGCCAAAAACUACUACAACUAAAGGCUAAAAAUUCCUUAUCUUAGCUUCCACCAUCUAUGCCUUACUAUCAUCUUUAACCUACGAUCCCUCCCAUCCCCAAUAUCCAACCACUCCAGCUACCACUGUGAAACCAGAUCCCCUGCCCACUCCGGCACCCCAUCCUCCUUUUCAUCCCCAUGUUCACUUGCCCAUAUCAUUGCUGUCUCCUUUUCCUCCUCCACGCUACCUUACUUAAACAGUUCUAAUAAAAGUUUUGAACAGA